AUGGACCGCGAUCCGCUCGACGGUCCCCCUAUCGCCGUCCCGACACGAACGCACUCGCAACAUCUUGCUCACCACCGCUCCAACAGCAACCGUUCUAACCUCGCCUCUCCCGUUCCCCAGCCGAAGCCUGUCGCCAGCCCCGAAAUCAUCACCGACCUCAUCUCCAGUCUCACCACUUCCCACUUCGACUCGCUGUCCCUUACCAGCCCGUCCAGUCCCGCCCGCCUCGACAGUCGCACCGGCUUGGACAUAAUUGAUCCCAUACACGACGUGGCCGCCUCGCCCGUCAUCCGCACCGCAAAGCCCCCUUCCGGCUUCUCCUCCCUCACCUCACCAAAGAGCCCCCGAGCAUCCUCCACCGACGGCUUCCGACCUCACUUUCGUCCUGCCAGCCUUUCUCGCGCCUCCUCCUCCGCCUCCCUCACCUCUCGAAACGAUGAUGCCAAGAGCAUAGGCAACCUCUCCAUAGAACCAGGCCCCGCCCCUGACCCUGAGCUGCGUCCGCGCCGCUCCCACGACAGUUGGGGCAAAAAGGCUGGUCGUCGCCAAAAAGACAUGCUCUACAUGAGUUCCAAGGAGCGCCUUCGUGAAAAGGAUCUCGACCGCAAGUGGCCUGGUGCCGUCAUGCCGUCCGCCAGCGGUGCCAGCAGCAUCCACAGCGGCGGCCGAGCCGAUCCCUUUCUCGCUGAGACGGCCAUUAGUGAGGAGCCAGGCCUGACCAAACCGCGCUAUUCGAGCGACUCCUACAACGGCUUCCAGGCCAUUCCUACUCGCGAGUCUAGCCUGCGAAAAACGGCACCCAAGAAGCGCUCCAGCGCCCGUCGGUCGAGGCAAGGCAGUGAAUCAGAUUUGAUACCCGAGGGUGCUGAAUACAACCGCGGUGGUGCCUCAUCACGCGCGAGCCAUAAGCGCGGCGAGUCUGAGGCGGGUCGCUCCUUUCUCUUUGACGUGGACGAGUACGCUGCCGUGACCCAAGCUCUUGACGACCAAUACGAGCGUGAGAAUGGCCGCCCAGAGCCGUUGCCCGAUUACCUGCAAAGGUCCUUUAUCCACGAUAUUGACCACGAGGCUGCCCCGGCCCCGGCCAUCUCCAACGGUCGCCGAGCGUACGAGCGAGAGCAUAGCAAUGGCCGCUUAAGCCCGUUUCCUUCUGUCGACCUACGCGGAAGAAGCAGCGGCUCCGGCACCGGCUCCGGCUCCAAGCUGAAGCGCCUCUCGGUUGGCCCGUUGCCGAUGAGCCCGUCACGCACGAGUGAGCAGUCGGACAGGACAGCGCACACGAUUGCGUAUGAGCGGCCCGCCUCGGCAGAUUCCAUCGAUGACAAUGUCGAGUCGUACUUGUGCUCGCCAAGGUUGUCGCAGAAAAUCAAGCACCCGCAGACCGGACGAGUCAUUUCAUUUUCCGAAGUGGGCGACGCCGAGGGCUCGGCUGUCUUUUGCUGCGUCGGCAUGGGACUAACCCGGUACAUUACCACAUUUUACGACGAACUGGCGUUGACCUUGAAGCUGCGUCUUAUUACACCUGAUCGUCCCGGCGUAGGUGACAGUGAGCCCUACACCGACGGCACAACAACACCCCUAAGCUGGCCAGAUGACGUAUAUGCCAUCUGCCAGGCCCUCAAAAUUACAAAAUUCUCCAUCCUCGCCCACUCGGCAGGCGCCAUCUACGCCCUCGCCACCGCCCUGCGUAUGCCACAGCAUAUUCGUGGCAAGAUUCACCUCUUGGCGCCCUGGAUCCCCCCCUCGCAGAUGAACGUCUUUGGAUCCUCACAAGAGCCACCCACCCACGCGCUCCCCACAUCCCAGCGGAUCCUCCGCGCGCUCCCCACGCCGAUCCUCAAGGCCGCCAACAGCAGCUUCAUGAGCGCGACGAGCUCCUCCAUCACCAGCUCGCUGCCCAAGACGACGCGGCGGAGCAAGCGCAAGAGCAACGGCAAGGAGAACCGCAACGGCACGGCCUCGGACCACCCCGACAUGGGGACCCUUGACGGGGAUGCGCGCCCUGUCCCGACGCCGACUGCCACGGAGAACAUGGACCGCAUGCACCCGCCGUCGAGCAGCCUUUACGCGGGGCCGGGCCUGGAAGAAGCGGCGGGGAAGGAGCGACAAGUGGCGUACGACACGCGGCUGACGCACGCCAUCUGGGACCUGGCCACAACGGGCGCGCACCCGGCCGUGGACCUGCUCGUGUGUCUCGAGCGGCGCCACACGAUUGGCUUCCGCUACGUUGACAUUACGCGCCCCGUCGUCAUCCACCACGGCAGCAAGGAUAAUCGGGUGCCGGUGGACAAUGUCAAGUGGCUGGGCAAGAGCAUGCGGCGGUGCGAGGUGCGCGUGCUCGAAGGGGAAGGCCACGGGCUCAUGGCGAGCGCCAACGUCAUGGGCUCUGUGCUCAUGGAGAUGAGCAAGGAGUGGGAGGACUGGAUGCGCGUGACGGGAGACGACUCGCGGCAGCGUGAGCGCGGACGCCGAAUGGCCCAGCGGUGA